AUGCUGUCCAAACUGACUCUUCUGCCGCGCAGCAUGUUUCUGCAAGCUGCCCAGCAAAAGACUCCGUCCAUAUCGCCCUCAAGGCUCCGCGCGUCCUCUACACCCCGCACUAAGCCGCCACCAAGCCCGACACCAGGCAGCAGGACGCUGCGUCCCCAGAGUAGCCUCCAAGCCUCGAGGCCAAUCACUCCGUCCAAGUCUCCGUUAAAGAAGGUCAAGCCUCUUCCAGAGGAGCCCCCGGCAUCUCCUCAGCUUAACAUCAGAGAGCAGAUUGCGCUCAAACGAGCGGAGGCGAAGAAGGCACAAGCGAAGAGCGCGCCGCCCACAAAUGGCUUCGAUGACUUCGAGGGAUUGGAGGACGCUACAUCUACUCGUGAUCCAAGUCCGGAUGAGAACGCUAUUGAUUUGGGAAGGUGGUCGGUGAAGGAGACGAUUGAGAGAGCACGGACGACGGGUGCCGUAAACCUUGCUUCUCGGGGGCUACCGUGCCUGCCCUCUGCAUUGUUUGAGAUACACCUUGGCAUAAAGCCAGAGCCGCUGAAACUUGUCCCGGUCGAACCAUCAAUUACAACGGGUACUUCAGACGACCCUUCUGCAUCUAAGCGACGCAAUGGUGCACAAGAUCUCGAGAUCCUAAAGGCAUGGUCGAACGAGAUCCUUGAAGUGCAGCCAGAGAUAUCCAUGUUCGGCUCACUGAAGAGUGUCGAUUUGCACAACAACAGACUUACCUUCCUUCCCGACUCCUUCGCUGAUCUCACUGCGUUGACGUCGCUGGACCUUUCACACAACUCUUUGACGUCUCUACCUGCCAAUAUAUUCGCUCUGCCCUCUCUCGCUGCUCUUAAUCUGUCCCAUAACUCUCUCACAUCCCUACCCUUCUUCGCGCCGUUCUCCGACUCCGUUAAUCCUCUGGGACGGACCAAGGAUCCUCGGGGUGACUGGUACUGUGAUACUAUCACCCGUGCUACUACGGUCUUGCCAAGACUGUCCGUCCUAGAUAUAUCGCACAACAAGUUGUCCGCGGCUUCUAUCGACUAUGAGCUGAACCACCUGCCCGCUUGUCUCGCCAAGCUCGAUCUCUCAUCGAACCCUCUAGGACAGUCUACUUCUCUCAUCCGCGCAUUGUCGAAGUUGGAGAAGCUUGGCGAACUGAAGUGCGAGCACGCCGACAUCGGCGAUGAUUCCUUCCCCACGACGCUCUUCUCGUCGGAAUCCACGCCCUUCUCCUCGCUUAGCGUCCUUGAUCUUGGUGAGACCUACGUCACCCGCCCGGCCAUCGAGGCCGCCUUCCUUCUCACUAUCGUCAAGCAGAAGAUUGAGUACGACGUGACGUCGGAUGCACCAAAGCCUGGUGUCCUGCGCGUCAUUGUUGGCAAGCGCGUCAUCAAGGAGGUUUGGGAGAUCGAGGCCGAGCGAAGGACAAAGGCUCGUGGGCGACAUAAUUCAAAGAGUAAUGACACGAAAGAUGGAUGGGCCGGCCCACUCGGUGGUAGCUCACCAGCGAAGAAAGAAGUUGCGAAGGAGACUUGGGAGAUCGAGGCCGGGCAAAGUCUUCUAACCGAGGGCGCGAAGAGGCGUGCUCGCGCAGCAGCUGCCGCUGCCGCCCCGGAGUCAGGCCUAGUGGACUCUGCUUUGUUGUCUCCGCCCAAACCUUCACUACCAGCGCUGAAGCCUGUCGAAAAGGAGGCGUGGGAGAUUGAGGCGGAGCUAGGCUUGUUGACAGCAGGUGGCCGACGGCGCGCUCGAGCAGCGGCAGUGGCAGCAGCCGCGCACCAACAGCAGCCUACACCUGCAGCAAGUCCGAGUCCAGAGCCGCAGUCGUCGGCCGCGUCGCCCAUACCUUCAGCAAGUUCUGCGCUUUCAAGCACACAGUACUACACUGCCGCAACACAAACGCUCACCCUGCCGCCAUCCGCUGCGUUGCGCAAGAACGAGCACUUUCGUUCAUUUUCCCUGGCUAUCAAGCCUACACCGGCGGGGUCAGCAUCCGAAUUGGCACUGGCGGUCCCGACGCCGACGCUCCCGCUCGCUGCUAUCAUCACCCAGCCCUUCGCACACACGCUCAAGGUCCUCGUGCUUACCAGCAGGAAGAUGGACAGCUCGUUCAGCCUGCCCGCAGACUCUGAUGGGCCGUUCCUGCCUGCGCUUGAGGAGCUCGUGCUGGAGGGCUGCGGGCUCGGCGGCACCGUCCCCGUAUCGCGCGUCGCGGCGGCCGACGCGGCGAGCGGCACGGCGCCGCGUACGAGCGAGGCACUCCUCCCGCUGCUCAUGCUGCUCUUCCCGGGCCUGCGCACGCUCGACCUGAGCUACAACGCGCUCGACGGAGACGCGCUCUCGCGGGACGCCCUCGCGGCGCUCGUGCUCGCAGACGCGGCGGCGGGGCGCGCGGGGCUGCGGUGCCUGCGCCUGCGCGGGAACGCGCUCGCGGCGCUCGACGGCUUCGAGCGGCUCGCAGAGAUGUUCCGGGGCAACCGCGACGUGCGCGAGUGGACGCUCGAGGAGCUCGACAUACGGGACAACGAGAUCGGGCGGCUGCCGCCCCCGGUAGGGCUCCUCCCGCUGGAGGUGUUCCUCGUCGACGGGAAUACGUGA